AUGGCUCUUCUCGCAACGUUCCAGGCACAUCUUGUUUACUCCCUGGUCACCUUCUUCCGACUGGAACGAGAAGCCAGCUCUCUACUUCCGCAAAUCAUGAUGAACACGCAGGAACUCGCCUGCGCAGCCGCCAGGAAAGGGAUCGCCUGCGUGGCCGAGCAAGACGGUGCGCGCCCCGCGUGGGAGUCGUGGAUAGCAGCCGAGGCCAAGCGAAGGACGCUCUUCACCAUGUGUCUCCUCGACAGCGCUCUGCUUACCCACGAUGGGCUUCCGACGCAUCUCGCCACCGAGUUGCGGGGGUUACCUGCGCCGGCGAGUAAGUCUCUGUGGGAAUCGCGCAGCCGGCUCGACUGGCAGGUCGUGUACGACGCCCACUUGGCAGAGUGGCCAGAGGGAGGUCUGCGCAUCGACGAGCUGUGGCCUAUGCCUAAAGAUUUGAGCGAAGGCGAGGUCGACAAGAGGCGUAGUCGAGUCGAUGCGUGGCUGGAGGACCUUGACGAGUUUGGGACCAUGAUCUACGCUGUCACCAGUGGAACGCAUGGUACAUGA